AUGGCAGUAGAAGUUAAUCAAUGCCUCCUGAGCUGGGAUGAGUGGAGGAGAGAAGUGCUGGAGGAGAGGGUCAGUCUCUUUGAGAGGGAGGUUAUAGAGAAUGGGGAGUUGAAUGAGAUAAAGGUUGAGGCACGAGUUGUUGAGAAACAACAUAAGGAUCCUGAAGAACGGGAAGAUCCUGAUGAAAAGUUGAGGAGGGAAAAUAGCAUCCUAGGACCGUCAACUUCUAAGGAACGAAAAGAAGAGGAAGAUGAAAGUAAGAAAUUGACAAAUGAGAAAGAAGCAGCCGCAUCUCAGACAACUCAAGAAGAAGAGUUUCAAGAUCAUCACAAAAAGUUUCAAAAGAAAAAGCCUACAGAUGAUGAUGAUGAUGAUGAGGAAGCAGAACAUUUAAUGGAUGAAGAAGCAGAUAGUAAUGACGAAGAUGUGGUGAAGAUUUACUGCAAAGAUGAUUAUCACACGGACAUAUUCCGCAACUUGACAGAGUUCAGGGACUCUUCCCUUCUCACUGACCUUACUUUGAGAACAGAGGAUAGGGGGAGUUUCCACGUACACUCCCCUGUUCUGGCUGCUGUCAGCUCCCACAUCCAAGAAGUCCACAGAGUCAUCCUGGCUGUGUGCAGUGACUACUUCCGUGGGAUGUUCACCUUGGGGAUGAGGGAGUCCCAUCAGCCCUGUGUGACCCUUCCCUUCCUUUUUGCUUCAGAGCUGGAGGUUCUAAUUGACAGCUCCUACACUGGGGCUCUCCCCCUCAGCUGGAAGUAUGUCUUUGAGAUCACCAGCACUGCUCUCCAGCUCCAUCAAUUCCAAAAGGUGGCAUGCACCUCAAAGUUCAAGGACCUGCCAGCCAAACAGCUCCUGAAGUACCUGAAUAGUCGUUCACUCUAUGUUCCAUCCGAGCUUGUUUUAUUCAGAGCAGUGGUGGCAUGGAUCCAAGCAAAACCCAAAUUAAGGCUGAAGUUUGCUAAAGAUCUAAUGAAAACCAUCCACUUCUCCCUGAUGACGUCCAAGGAAUUCAAAGAGGUCCAAUCUCUGAAAAUGUGGUCUGAUCACAGCCUGGCAAAGCUCUAUAAAGCAGUUUUUGAGGAUUUCUGCUCCAAUGAAAGUCAGUGUCGGACCUAUUUGCCGAAAGAGAGUCUGGUCUUGAUUGGAGGUGACCAGAACUCUGGAGACAGCCGCAGCAUCAGCAGAGAACUCUGGUUUGGGAAUUCCUUAAGGAACUAUAAAUGGGGGGAAAAGGCCAUGGAGUGGAGAAAGUUAGGAGAGAUGCCAGAGCCAGAGAGGUUCAGUCAUGAGGUGGCUGUCCUCAAAGGACAACUAUACGUGUUUGGAGGCAACAAGUAUUAUGGCAUUAGCGACAGCAUGAAUUCUGUUUACAGGUAUGACCCCUUUCAAAACAACUGGGAGAGCCUGGCUGAAAUGCAACAAAAGAGAUACUCUUUCUCUGUGGUUGUUCUGGACGGAAAGAUAUAUGCCAUUGGCGGACAUAGUGACAAUGAAUAUAUAGAGAGUGUGGAAUGCUUCUGCCCCACUGGAAACUCUUGGAACUUCAUGUGGCCCUUGGAUCUGCCUCUGGGGGGCCAUGUAGCAAACGUUUCACAAGGGCGGAUCUUUGUCUCAGGAGGGUUGAGCAGCCACCACCAAUUUCUUUCAUCCAUGUUUCUUUACCACCCAGAGACAGGAAGCACUUAUUUGGCAAACAUGGCCAAACCUCGAGCAUGUCACUGCAUGGAGACCCUGGGUGAAUGUCUUUAUGUAGCGGGUGGAUUCACUGCAGCUGAUGACAUGAGUUUUGUUGACCAGCUAGCCUGUGAAGUGUACAAUCCAGUGGAUGACUCCUGGACUGCCUUCACACCUCUGCCAGUGCCACAUGUAGGAGCAGGAGGUGCUGUUUUGGAGGGAAAGUUUUAUGUGCUGGGUGGAUACAGCCAGGAGAACCACCGUGACACUAAGCUGGUCCAUCGUUAUGAUCCCACCACACAGAACUGGGAGAACAUGGGCAAGAUGCCAGGGCCGAACAAUGACAUACGAGCAACUGUGCUGUAUUUGCCACCACAAUUCCGAUUGUAAGACAUACAUACUUUGAGUAUUGUAUUGCUGUAUUCAUUUUUAUUGUUUUAUUAAUAUUGUGUUGUGCCUCUGUUGUAUGUUAUUGUUUAUUCAUAGACUGUGUUCAGCACUUUGGUCAACAGUGUUGUUUUUAAAGUGCUUUAUAAAUAAAGGUGGAUUGGAUUGGAUAGGUGGAUAUAUGUCAUUAGUGUAUUGUUGUUUUAUAGUUUGAUACUGAAUGUUAGGUUACCUAUUGCAUGUUAAUGACAGUGAUAUUUUUGUAAUUUAGAAAACAUUCUUCCACGAUGUAAGGAUGUUUAAAAAGUAUCUCACCAUAGAUUGAUAUCUUGAUCAAGGUCAGUUUAUCUUACACAGUACCUCAAUGAAACCUAGAGGCAUGCAAACGAUAGGAUAUCUAUGUAACAUAGAGCAUUUUUCUGCUAUAUAAUCAAAUUAACUGCACAGUGUUCAGAAGGUACUGUAAUGAAAAUGUUUAUGUUUUAGUUAGGGAUGGGAUUAUAGUUAUUUCCAUAACAAAACAAGGAAUACAAAUAUAUUUACACUAACUACUGCAAUAACCAACUAUGAACACAAGAUGGAGCUAUUCACUCGUGUUCAUGGUUGGCAUACUUACAUAUUUUAACAAUACAUACUUUUAGUGUAAGGCUGGUGAACACAUUUUGUCAUUGCAAAGCUGUCUUUAGUCACCACAGACAGGAAAAGAGACAUUGUAAGAAGUAUGUUUUGCAUGUAUUGUUCUAAAGAAGCUUCACACAUUCAUAUUUUCAUUAAAAUUUACUUUAAAACAUGCAUGGGAUUUUGAGA